CUGGCUCCCAAAUGUCUCGCAGAUUCGCUGACCUUGGAAAGCUUAACUCUUACUUCCGCGAUCCUUCGAGACCCGCGUGUUUGGUUUAAGCCCUGACUAGCCCCCAGGCAACAGCAUUUACCCAAGCUCCGACCCAUGACACCAGCAUCCUACAGUGGUUCCCGCCCUAGGCUACUCAACUAUUUACCAUGAUAAUAAUGUGAAUACCAGAUUCAAUCACAGCCGCGGACAAAAUCAAUUGUAUAAAAAGGAGCCGUUGCGACGAGAUGUGUUCCACUGUCAACCCAGCCUCGACAGCUGCUCUUCACUGACGGACCAUUACGGACCAUUGUCUCUCUUUGCCGUUCAAUUAUUUGUCUUGACUUUAAAUCUCCAGACAUUAUCUCGAAAUGAGGUUCUCAGUCCUUACUGCUGCCGCCUACGUGGCUAUGCUGCAGCCAGUCGCUGCAAACUUCGACGUCUACAUGGUGGACGUCUACGAUGCCAUCUUCAACUCCCACAGCAGGGGCUGGCAGAUCUUCGAGGCACAGCCCGGGUCCUGCCAGGACGUCCAGGACGCCCCCGUCUUCUGGAGUUCAUCAGACGUCAGCAAGGACAACGGCGUCCGCUGCAAGGGGAGCGGCUGCGACUACACGCCCCCGGCCGACAACAUCGACCAGCUGGAGAUGAACUUUAGCAUGCUCGGCGGGCCAAUCUACCACUGGACGCUCUACAAGGACAGAGGCAGGACCAUGGUCGGAUUGGACGGCAAUACCUACGGGAACUGCAUCGUCUUCCCUGAUGGGGAUUACAACUGCAACAGCAUCUUUGGUGGCAAGGAGCAGCACCAUGGUUAUCGCAAGUUCCGUUGCCUGACCCAGUUCACCGCGGACCAGAUCAACCACGGUCGAUAG